AUGGCGCGAUCAAUGCAUGGAGCGACGUCUCGCCAGGGCAAACGCGGCGCUGUGGGCAAGGCCAAGCUGGGCCGUGGUACUACAGGAAUGGGCGCCAACCCGAAUAUGCGUAAAAAGUCGAAAUUGGUGGUCACGUUCGACCCGGAGAAGCGUAAGGAAUAUCUCACGGGUUUCCACAAGCGCAAGCAGGAGCGACGUCGCUUCGGUCUGGACAUGGAGGCGUACAAGGUCAAGAAGCGACAGCUUGAAGCCAAGAAGCAGCGACGCGAGGAACAGAAGGAGAAACUGGCAGUGCUUAACUUGCUAGACGACGACAAGAAGGACGAAGAAGAGGAUGAAGAAAGCAAGGUCGACAGCGACUCCGACGUCUCCGAAGACGAGAGCAAGCCAGUGCUAGGCGGUGCCAAGGCGGUGACCAAAGUCCAGACGUUCAACGACGACUUCACGCAGGGUAAAUUCGGCGACGUGGUGACAGUCACGACGUCAGUGGGCGACCUACAGAGCGACAGUGACGAAAGCGGCAGCGACCUGGAGCCUUCGGACGACGAAGAGGAAGCCGAGAGGCCUAAACACUCAGCGUUUCAGCAUAAGAAGAAGAAGUUUGAUAAGGAGCAACACUUGACAUUAUUCCAGCGGAUACAGCAACAGCGUAAGGGCAAAGCUCUGCCGUCCAAGCGGUCGAAACUCAAGGACGCACGUGCUGCUCGUAAGGCCAUGCUGGGCAAGAAGGCCAGCGUUGUUACAGGCAAGAAACGCAGUGCUGAGGACGGAGAUGGAGGAGGCUCAGCCGUCAGUAAACUCAACAAGAAGCUCAAGAUGAAGCGUCAACAAGGUGGCAACAAGCGCAACAAGAAGCGGUAA